UUCUUCGUUUGCCUAGCUCUGAAGCCCCCCAUUUCCUCAUGACCCAGCACCACGCGAUGCGAGGAGGGCUAGCACGUUCGUUCUUCGCCCCUGCCGCCAGAGCCGCCGCGCCCUGCUGUCCGUCGCCCCUGCUGCUCCGCCGCGCCUUGCCGUCCGUCCCCCCUGCUGCUGCGCGGCGUCCCCCCCUCCCCUCUCCCCUCCCGCCGCCCUCCAUUGCUGGCAAGGCAAGCUUCUCCCCUUCCGUUUCCAUGGAUUUUGCUUGGUUCCUCUUAUAUGGUUGUCUAAAUCCUAGAAACCCUAGGUGCUGAGGGAGUUUCACAUGGGGAUUUCUGUCUAUUCGCAUUUUUAUUUGAUGGUUAUAUCUACUAAGAAAUUUGUUAAACAUCAAAGGGGGGCAUCAGGAAGAGCUAGACAGAACUGGGGGGCUUCAGAGCAAGGCAAACGAAGAAAGGGGCAUAAGAUCCAAGGCGAGUGAACUGGGGGGGUUAAAAUCAAUUCUCCCGUGCGCCACACAACGAACUCACCGGCGAGGCGGCGGCGCCCAACUCGUCUCGCCCCCGCGGAAGAAGAGUAGAGCGUCCCUCCUAAGUCCGUCGUGGGUCCUCGAGAACCUCCGCCUGCUAGCUCGGCGGGGAUGGUGAAGAUAGUGACGUACAACGUGAACGGGCUGCGGCCGCGGGUGGCGCAGCACGGCUCGCUCCGCCGCCUCCUCGACUCGCUCGACGCUGACAUCAUCUGCUUCCAGGAGACCAAAUUGUCGAGGCAGGACUUGUCUGGGGAUGUCAUAAUGGCCGAGGGAUACGAGGCUUUCAUUUCGUGCAAUCGUUCUUCGAGAGGGCGUGGACCAUACUCUGGUGUUGCAACGUUUUGCCGGGUGACAUCAGCAUUUGCCAGUCAGGAGGUUGCUUUGCCGGUAGCAGCUGAAGAAGGCUUUGCUGGAUUACAGGGCUCUGCAAAGGACAAUGAAGUUAUUGGGGAUUUUGUUCUUGAUAUGCCUAUGGAUGAGGAAGAUCUUGGCGAAAUAACAAGAGAGGAGCUGCUCAGGGUGGACAAUGAGGGGCGAUGUAUCAUCACUGACCAUGGACAUUUUGUUCUUUUCAAUAUAUAUGGCCCAUCUAUUGGAGAAGAUGAUGAAGAACGGGUUCGUUUUAAGCUACUGUUUUACAAGAUAUUGCAGAAACGAUGGGAAUUUCUACUGGCUCUCGGAAAGAGAGUCUUCGUUGUUGGAGAUUUGAAUAUUGCUCCUAGUUCGAUAGAUAGGUGUGACGCAUCUCCUGGAUUUGAGAAGCAAAUGUUUCGGGAGUGGCUGAGAUCCAUGUUAAGAGAACAUGGAGGUCCCUUUUUUGACGCUUUCAGAUCAAAGCACCCUGAAAGGACGGGAGCUUAUACUUGCUUUAAUCAAAAAGUUGGAGCUGAAGAAUACAAUUACGGUUCUAGAAUAGACCACAUUCUCAUUUCUGGUGCCUGUUUUCAUGACUGCAAUUCGGUGGAAGAUCAUAGCAUUUUCCAUUGCCAUGUUGAGGAUUGUGAGAUAAUGAAUCAUUUCAGAAGAGGGGAUUCAGGAAAUAUCUCAAAGUGGAAAGGAGGGAGAAGUAGUAAGCUAGAAGGGUCUGAUCAUAUUCCAGUUUAUAUGAUACUAAAUGGAAUACCUGAACUUCCUGCCCAUAAUACCCCACCAUCAGCUGCAAGAUAUCUCCCAGAAAUCCGUGGGCGGCAACAAAGUAUAGUAUCAUUCCUCAGUAAAGGAAAAUUGUGCGAAGCUGAAGAUGGCCCAGGUUUAGACAUAUCCAGGGAUAGAGAAAACCAAAGCUGCUGUAGUGAUGACCUGGAAAGGAGAAGCAUAUCCAAGGAAGAAUUAGCAACUGGUAUAACCGAGUUUUGUAAAGGUGUUAACCAACCUAGUCCGACGUCUAAGCGGAGGAAUCUUGAUCAUUGGAUAAAUGAAGGUUCAAGUGGCAGCUCCCAAAAUAGCAAUGUAACAUUAGUAGCAGCACAAGGUAUGAAAACUUCCUUUUCUGGUGUCAAGUCUGUGUCAAACAAGAAAAACAAGCAUAACUUAUCCUCACAGCCAACAAUCAAGUCAUUUUUUCGAAGACCAGAAACAAAGCCAGGGGAUGCCAAUAUCAAUAGCUUAGCUAGUUCAGUAGAUACAGUACCUAAGAUGGAUGAAUUAUGUUCUCCAAAAGAUGAUCGUCUGGAAGAAAACAUCCAGUGUACAGCUGCAGCUGACGGAGAUCCGGAUAACUCAAACAUAUCAUCUUCACUUUCAACUGAUAAAUGCAAUAUUGCAACAUUGGAGUGGCAAAGAAUACAACAGAGAAUGAAGAUGACCCUACCACUUUGCAAAGGACACCGUGAACCUUGCAUUCCAAGGUCUGUGAAGAAGGGCUCCAAUAUCGGUCGCUUAUUCUAUGUCUGUGCCCGUGCUCAGGGACCUUCAUCAAAUCCAGAAGCGAACUGCAAUCACUUUCAAUGGGCCUCUGUAAAAUCUAAAGGGAAGCGGCAAUGACUCUUUUGUUUUUCAGUCAUUUUCUGCCGUUGCCGUGCAGGUCAAAUGACUACUUUCUGCACUUGAUGUGAGUAAUAUCAGCAGUUCCCUAAGAAUGUGUUGAUGCUUUUGUUGGACAAUUUAGUUUAUUUUUCUGCUAACUUCUGUUUUAGUCCCCAGAAGCGCUGGACACUUGUCAGCUUGUGCUUCGCGUGAGUCUGAUGCAUCGCCUGCUCCCAUGUUGGGAGCAAGAUGGUCCUUAUUCAGUGCUAAUUCUUUUACUAAGAGGGGUACAUAGUUUGUCCUUGUAGAGUUCUAGUUAGAUGGUUUUUGUACCUGGUACCCUGCUUUUCUUUCUUGAAGAGAAGUAGCCUCCUCCUUUGUUGUAACCUCCAAGUCAAACAAACAAAAUGUGACUCUCUGUUGUCAGGUGGCUAAUGAAAUGCCACCUGGAGCCCUCAUGUGGUUCUGUUUGUUGAAUUCUGGCUUAGCUUAUCUUGAGAAUGAGAACAACUGAAAAGUAAUUGCAUAUA